GCAGCGCGUGCAUCCUGCCCGCUGGAACAGAAGAAACGUUGUGUUACCGUCAGCAGGGAAUGCUUGGAGAGAAGUAACCGGCAACGGGCGACGGAUUACUCAAGCAGCGUUUUGAAGCCGCGUUCUCGUUGCAGACUGAAAGAGACGAACCGGACGCUUUAAAUCGAGGAGGAUUGUUGGAGACUGCCGACAUGAGACCGUUUGUCAUCUGCGCGCUUCUGCUCUUAAAAAUUACUCUUGGAGAUGCGUGUGCCAGUGGCAAGUUCACUGAAUCAGGGCAGUGUUGCCGUCUGUGUCCUGCUGGAUUCGGAUUGAAGGUAGAUUGUGGGAAAGAGGAUACCAAGUGCACACCAUGCCCACAGGGAACCUUUUCCUCAUCCGAUGGUCUCGGCCCUUGCCUUGCCUGUGCUAAGUGCCCCCCCAGUGUUCCCAUGGUGGCCUCUUGCUCGGCCACUCAAGACACACAAUGUGAAUGUGACAACGGCUUCUUCUUUUUGAGCAACCAUGGCCUGUGUGCACCUUGCUCCAAAUGCACUCGCGGUGAGGGUGCUAUCCAGGCGUGCGGUCCACAGGGAGACACGCAGUGCCAGAUCUGUGGCCCGGGAACAUUUUCUGAGGAGCGCAUUAGCACCAAACCCUGCCAGACCUGCACCCGGUGCUCUGACAGUGAAGUGGAAAUCAGACACUGCAUGCCCAACUCUGACUCACUGUGCAUGGAUAAGAAGCUGCACAUUCUGUCUCGUCCUGCUCUGGGGGGGUCUGAUGCUACUCGCUUGCCAGGUGUUGAGGAGGGGGAGACCAGUCCUGCUCCUGGAACGCCCAAGUUAAUACCGCAGGACGAGGGAGGCAGCAACCACAUUCUGGCCUACGUUUCGGUUCUGGCUGCCGUGGUGCUGGGUCUGCUUCUCUAUGUGGCUUAUAAAUGCUGGAGAUCCUGUAAACAGAAGAGAGCUCUUUCUAAGGCCCGUGCAGCUGAGUUGGGAGCAUCUCCGGAGGGAGAGAAGCUCCAAAGUGACAGUGGUGUAUUUCUGGACUCUCAAAGCCUACAGGACAACCAGCCCAGCAAAGGUACAAAGAGGGACAGCAAGCAGGACAACCGUUUGUACAUCAACCUACCCCCCCACAGACAGGAAGAGGUGGAGCGCCUCCUGCAGGAGGGAGGGGGCCGGGGCUGGAGGCAGCUGGGCGCAGCGCUGGGCUAUGAGCCCGAACAGCUGGACCUGUUUGGGCGGGGAGAGGCUCCUUCUCACACACUCCUCUCUAACUGGGCCCAGAAAGAAGGUUCCACUCUGGGUCUGCUGUGUUCUGCACUGGCCCGCAUUGAGAGGCCCGAUGUGGUAACAGCUCUUAACUGCCCCACCCAGGGUGUUUCUUUGGUCUGAAGGCUCCUCCGACACAAGCAGGACACUAACAGACUCAAGUGAAGAACUUCCUUGUCACUGGAAUGACAAGGAAGGCACUCUGACAUUAACACCUCUGUCACUGUUGGAGGAUGUCACCAAUGGUUCAUGAUUGCUUUGCUACAAAACAUAUUCUUGCAUCACUCUCUUUUGCCCCAGUUUAUGUCACCAUUUGAUUUAACAUGAAACUCCUAGGAUGUGUCUUUUUAUCGCUACUGAGCAAAUCACCAUCUUAUUGGUGGCAAUGAAAACUCUCAAUAUACCGUAUGUCGCAACCUCUCAUUACCACUACUGAGGGAACAACGUUUUUACUUGUGGUCAAGCCGCAUGGCUUGCGCAAUGGAUACUGCAGAAACUUGGUCAUAAUGGAUUAGAACUGCGUAUUGACAGGAAACAGAAUGAUGUGUUUAUAUGAUGUGUUGCACAAGUGUGAUUAUUCUAAAAACCACUGUUAAAAUAUUAUUUGGACAGAAAUCAGAUUUAUCCCACGCUCCCGUCCAGCCUUCCUCGUGCUGCUGCAAACAAAUAUGGCUCAGAUCAUCACUAUAUAAUUUAAAUUGCUUUGUUUUAUGAAUUACAACUUCAGCAAUCUCUUUGGUAUGGCGGUGGAUUUUUGGCGAAAUGAGACGGUCCAACAACACUGCUUUCCGACAUCAUGUGACUCUCCCCAUUUGGGAUCAUUUCCAUGCAAUGUGCACGCCUAAAAAGAGAAGAAACCAAAUCAAGGGAUUCACCGGCCAUGUUACCAAUCUUCCCAACGGUGCUUUCAGUUGCUAAGAAGACUUUAUCUAAUGUGUAGAUUGAAACUACUCAUUCGAUUGUUGAAGUUUGUUGCCUUGUACUUUUGUUGUUGUUGUUUUUUCUCCUUUUUCUGCUGCAGUCACUACAUACAGUCGCCUUGGUAGUUAUUUAUUUACACUGAGGAUGUAUUCUGCAGCAGUGAUGUUUCAAAUCUCAUUAGAAGAUCAAAAUGAAGCAUUCUGUGAAAUAUAAAAACACCAUUCUUAGCUCUUCCUCAUAAUCAUCUUUGAUUGUAAAUAUCUUAAAUAUGGAUUGUUUUGAUAAGUAAUGGCUGUGAAGACUGAAUGAAAGGAAUAGACAACAUAUUCUCUUUGCAUUCAUAUUACGCAGCUCCAUUUCUGUCACCUAGAUUUUUAUAUUAGACACACACAAAAAAAAAAGGUCCAAAGACACUGUUAACAUCAAGGCUUGUGUCCUAAGUAAUCUUGCUUUUGUAUUUAUUUCAUCACCAUUUUAAGAAUACAACUUAGUUAAGGUCUCUGAGAACCUGGACUUCUGCUGUGUGCUAGUCACACUAUGUGACGGCCUCAGAUGGUUUGAUAUUUUUUUAAUGACAGCCACGUAUGAUUUUGUGUAUAUAUUUCC